CGUCCUACACGCAUUGGGCUGUCUCUGGUCAGAAAUGGCAGCAUAAACGUGUCUCGGAACCUCUACAUCCACAUAGAUAUUACCAUACUACAAAGAAAUUGCAUCUACAGCGGCUGUGAUCAUCACAACUGGUGUAAGGCGGCCAAAACUUGCCCAGCCUACGCAUGUGGGGCCACCGGGGGUUACAGGUGGUCAGCAACGCCCCUUAUUCGGUCUGCUCUAAACUUUGUUACUUCACCACCACUGACGAUCUAGUCGCGGCUUCGAAGACCAUCGGAUAGAGUUCCCCACCAUGAAGCGAGCAGUGGGGACGGAAGUGUCCUUGGUACUGAUGCUGGCUGUCUCCGUGUCUCUCAUCGCGGCUGCACCAAGGGAGGUUCCAUCGUCCAGAGCCGGACACCUUCGCAGCAAAAGGUCCCUUUCAUCAGUAGAUGACUCUGUGGCAGUGGAACAGGAGCAUCUAUCGACGACACCGGACCACCGAGUCGUCAGGCGUGCCCUACAUGACGCGUUGCCAGGUGACCUGCAGGGUGCCCUCCAAGCAGCAGCAGCUGAAGACGCCCCUGAGGAUGUGAAGGACAAACGGUUUCUCCCGGCCAUCGCGGGACUUGCUGGGAAGCUUCUCUCAUCGGGAGCUGUGGCUAAGGCCGGAGGUUUGGUAGGAAAAGCGGGAGAAUUGGGAGCAAACCUGGCGGGUGUGCAGGACCUGAUUGGGGUACUGGGCGACGUGAAGAACAUGGUACCGGACUUCAUGGCCCAAGGUGCAGAGAGGGAAGCAGAGGUCGAGGCAGAAGUGGAAAAGGAGGUGGCAAGGGAAACGGUCGAGAAAGUACUUGGAGAAGUAGGCUCAAGAGGAGAGAGUGAUGAAGACAGCACGAAAGGUGAACACGGAAAGAGAAAGGCGAGAAUUAGAUACAGAAACAGAGGUGAUGACGAAAAUAAUGAGGGCGGUGAUGACGGAGAGCAUGAGGUUAAGGCUGAUAUCGAGUUCGAUCCAGAGAAGGGUAUGGUCGCGUCAAACAUGUUCGCUCCACCAGGGAUGCACAUGAAAUUAGACGUUCAGGAAGAUCCUAAGAAGCAGACGGAACCGGAUCAGAGCUCCCAACCGAUGUCGUUCUCCUACCCGAUGGGGAUGGGGCCGGCCCUCGUGAACGGCUGCUUCGGGACAGGCUACAAAGCCGGGGAUCCGUGCUUCAACAAGAAGGACCUCAUCCCGGCCUGCUUCAACAUGAUGGAAGGGUGCGGCUACAUCGGGGUCGGCUUUGAUGGUCGCGGGGACUACAGCAGUAAGUCCAGGAAGAAAUCAGUCGUGCAGCGGAACUGCAAAAACCUGGCCACGUAUCACGACGAAGACGUGCCGGACAACAUGAACGUUCACGGCAUCUUUGACACAGAAGUCGCCUCCUUCGUCUUUGAGUCGAGGGAGUCUUAUCGCCAUUACAUUCAGAUGAAGGCUGGGAUGUCAUUUUCUUCAUUUGUAUUCAAGGCCGCCGUUGACACCGUGUACGGCAGUAAGACAUCAGUUAGCAAACAACAGUUCAUGUCCCUCAUCCAGUGCAACGUGGUAAGGUAUGAGAUCUUCCUGGAUGAGAUCUCUCCAGACACCCUGAGCCUGGCCUUCCUGCGGGACUUCUUGUCCCUUCCUUUCAACUUCGUCAUGGGGAAAGCAAAACUUCAAAAGUUCAUCCUCCGCUAUGGAACUCAUUUCAUCAAGUCGGCAAAGUUCGGAGGUUCUUUCAGGCUUUUCAAGACUCAAGAGGCCUCCAAGGUCUCAAGUUUUCAGGAAUUCUCCGAAAAAUCCGAAGCUUCUUUAAACGCAAUAUUUGCCAACGCCAAAGCUGAAUUCGGACUGGAAUCGUCGAGCGGAUCAUCGUAUGACAUCCAUUUCUUUAUCUUAUGCCCUUGUGGUGACUUCCAGUCUUCUAAGACGUCCGGCACCCACGUGACAGUUGAAGGAGGCGACCAGGAAGUUGCAUCCAUCGUAGCUGACUUCUACUCGACCAGCUUCAAAGACACCUUCGCCGAGUGGCUCAAGUCCAUUCCCAAAUUCCCCAAACCCAUCGAGAUGUUCAUGGGCACCAUGUCGGAGCUGCUGGACAUGAACUACAAACUUCUGUUCCCCUUUGACAUCAAAGAUGCUGCAGACGGUUGCUUCAGCAAAACCCUGAAGACAGAGGAAGGCACGGGGAGGAAGUACUACGAGGUCAGCAAGCUGGUGAACAGCAGCCAAGGAGUGGCGGAAACUGUCAAUGAAAAACGGUAUUGUGAAUUCACGUCUGCUGAGAAGUUUGAAGAAGCCAUGGACAAGAAACGCCUCGCUCUGGAAAGGGCAAUCGCUGUCUACAUGGAGGAGGGCCCGGUCCCCACCACAGACUUCCACCUGGAGGGCGGCAAACCCGGAUGUGUGACUAAAGCCUUGAAGAUACACGGAGGGGCUAGUGGAGUUACCCACCCUACAUGGCUGGAACUCAUCAACGGAGACACCUACAAGGUCAUUUUUGAUAUUCCUGAAAACAUCAACAGCGACAUAACAAUGGCCACAGAAGUCUUCCUGGUUUUUGCAGAAAACAGAUGGAACUGUCACGCGCCCGGGACCGAACUUCAUAUGUACAAUAGUCAUGCAAAUGGUGGAAGUGGCGACACCGGAAACACAAAGGUCUCCUGCUUUGGUUUCGUGAUGACGUAUGAUGAAGAAAUGGGCAAGUUCACGGUCACACCUGAGGAUCAAGCUGCUUCCGUACAGGCUUUGGGGAAACUGCCGCGAGACUACAAGUACAUGAGAGUGGCCAGAGCUGAAUACAUCAGCCCGUUAGAGCACGCGAAGGCAAAAGGUGGCGCUCUGGCCGGCAUCCUGGAGGCACCCUGCUCUGUGAAGUGGUCCAACUCUUACCAGAUCAGCCCUGCGGACACUGGAGGAAAGUGUCUGUAUUUCCUUGCGGCGUCUGCAGGCGACAUUUUCGCCGUGUUUUCUGCCAUCCCGAGGGACAAAACCACCUGGUACCAUCUCCAGAUCAGUUAUCAAGGUGUUGCGCUCUACAAGGGUAUGAAGCUGGUGAAAUACGAGGCGGCGAAGAGUGCCCGAAGUCUCGGCGACCCCAAACUUUUCCGGCCUUACUUCAUUUGUCUGGAAGAGGACAUGGAGAAAAAGACAACCUACAUCACGUAUGGCAUUGCCUCUGAAGCUUCCGAGAAAGGACUGGUCUACAUGGUUUACCUCGAUGAUAGUCCACCAUUGGGCAUCCAGUUCUACUCCUUUGGGAGCGGGGAAAAGGACGUGGAGGUUAUGGACGUCCGCGUCAUCGAGGGAGGGGGAAAUAGACAUGUAGUAUGUACAGGGGGGACCGUCUUGAAAGAUGGACUUUGUGUGGAGGACUGCCAUCCCGAGUGUAUAGGAUGUAUCCCAAGUUUCCCCGGAUCAAAGCUCGACACAGAGUGCCGCGCCUGUAAGCACUUUUCUAUGUAUUCCCGAUGCGUCUCGGAAUGUCCGGCCGACAUGGAACUUACUGACAAUGGCAAGAGAUGUGUAUGUAAGGGCUUAGUCGUAGAACUGAAAGAGGGAACAACCCAAUGCGCCUCUUCGUGCCCAGCUAAGUACGACUUGGCUACAGACGGCAAGACCUGCAAAUAUGAUGGAUACGAAUGUGGAUACAGACCAGAUGGGACAUACAAGUCGUGCGACGUGAAAGGAAAUAAGCCCUGCUGUUCUAGGAGCAGGGAGUGCGGCAACACGCCGGACCACUGCGCAUGUGUGGGCUGCGUGGACAGUCGCUGCCUGAUAGGGAAAGGUGAAACCUACAGAGGAAACAUCGCUGUGACCAAAUCAGGAAAGACGUGCCAACGCUGGGGCUCUCAAUAUCCACAUAAACACACGCGAAAGGCUGGAACAAAACCGGAAGACGCGCUGUACAAUAACUACUGCCGGAAUCCAAGUGGGGAAGACACGAUAUGGUGCUACACAACCGAUUCGGAGAAGAGAUGGGACUACUGUGACAAGAGAGCAUGUGACGGACCAAAAUGGAGAAAUGACGGGAAGUGUGGAAAGAACUUCCCAGCUCCAGGAGGACUCCCCGCGCAGUGUGACCCUAACAGCGAUAAACCCUGCUGCUCCAGUGAAGGGACCUGUGGGGGGACGGACGCUCACUGCACGUGCGAAGGUUGUGUGGACUAUCGUCCGAAAUGGAGAGACGACGGGAAGUGUGGAGAGUAUUUCCCAGCCCCAGGAGCGAGCCCAGGGCAGUGUGACCCUAUCAGCGAUAAGCCCUGUUGCUCCAGUGCAGGGACGUGCGGGAAUACGGACGCUCACUGCAUGUGCUCCGGCUGUGUGGACUAUGGUCCAGGAUACGAAUGUGGAUACACACGACGAGGGACAUACAAGUCGUGCGACGCUAAUGGAGAUAAGCCCUGCUGUUCUAAGAACAGGCUGUGCGGCAACACACCGGACCACUGCGCAUGUGUGGGCUGCGUGGACAGUCGCUGCCUGAUAGGGAAAGGUGAAACCUACAGAGGAAACAUCGCUGUGACCAAAUCAGGAAAGACGUGCCAACGCUGGGGCUCUCAAUAUCCACAUAAGCACACGCUAAAGGCUGGAACAAAACCGGAAGACGCGCUGUACAAUAACUACUGCCGGAAUCCAGGUGGGGACGACACGAUAUGGUGCUACACAACCGAUCCCAAGAAGAGAUGGGAGUACUGUGACAAGAGAGCAUGUGACGGACCAAAAUGGAGAAUUGACGGGAAGUGUGGAAAGAACUUCCCAGCUCCAGGAGGACUCCCCGCGCAGUGUGACCCUAAAAGCAACAAACCCUGUUGCUCCAGUGAAGGGACCUGUGGGGGGACGGACGCUCACUGCACGUGCGAAGGCUGUGUGGACUAUCGUCCGAAAUGGAGAGACGACGGGAAGUGUGGAGAGUAUUUCCCAGCCCCAGGAGCGAGCCCAGGGGAGUGUAACCCUAACAGCGAUAAACCCUGUUGCUCCAGUGAAGGGACGUGCGGGAAUACGGACGCUCACUGCUACUGUUCCGGCUGUGUGAACUAUUUUAAAGGUAUACCACCAUGGAGGAACGACGGAAAGUGUGGAGAGAAGUUCCCAGCCCCAGAAGGGAGCCCAGGGCAGUGUAACCCUAAAAGCGAUAAGCCCUGUUGCUCCAGUUGGGGGACGUGCGGGAAUACGUACGCUCACUGCAAGUGUUCCGGCUGUGUGGACUAUGGUCCAAAAAAAUGGAGAUCUGACGGAAGGUGUGGACGUCGAGAUUAUCCGGCCCCAGGAGCGAACCCCGGACAGUGUAACCCGGAAAGCUCUGGGCCCUGUUGCUCUGCGUCUUUUUGGUGUGGCGGCUCGCACGCUCACUGCAAGUGCUCCGGCUGUGUGAAUUAUGGAGCAAAGACGUCGCUGUCCUGGUUUGACCAUUACGACAAAAAAGGGCUACCAGGCCACAACGAUGAAAUGAUAGCACGCAUAAGCGUGGAAGAGUGCGCCAAACGGUGUUUAGCGGGAACAUCAAUUGUUCCCGCUGGAUCCUGUCUGUCGUUUGAUUAUGACGCCACAUACAAAAAAUGUAUGCUGAGUAAGGUCAGUAAGGACACACCUGGAGCAAAUUUGGCUGAUAGCGACCCGCCGGAGCGAUAUGACUACUACAACAGAAGAGUUACACCGAAGCGUUAAGAGGAAACCCCAUCAGCUGGUAAAUCCAAGACCGAGUGUAAAUAUUACUUGUGUGGCUAGUCUAUAAUAGGUUCCAGUGAGAUGAUAAAGGAUUGUUUUCUUGUGGUAUUACCCACAGGUGAUGGUGUAGAUGAUACAUUACUAAACAUGGCUAAUUGGGUUUAAUGCGGUAUACUGAACAUGCUUAUUAUAUGCAUAUAAGGUAUUAAGUACUGAUGAGUAUGAGGACUGUAUAUAAUGUGUUCAAUUAUAUAUUUAGUAUAUUACUAUACAUUGUGAUGUUGAGCUAAAGAAGGCAUUACUAUUAUGAUAAUAUCUGAGGUUCCAAUAGGUAUUUAUGAUCGUGAUCAUGUAGAUUUCAAUAGGGUAUUGCAUGGUUUUAUCAUCAAUAUCAGCCUCUGUAGGUGAUGUUAUCAAAUGAACAUGUGUGCAUAAGAAAUGGUUGUGUAUAAGGUUGUUAUAUGAUGAUGUUUACAUAUCAUGUGCUCUCAUUAGGCUGAUGAUUAGACCUGGUUGAUUUGGUUAUAAGGAUGGCAUCUGCGCGCAAAUCGAUUUUUGGUCGUUUGAAAAAAAGUUUUCAACCACCCUCAGGCUGUAAAGUCUACAAACUGCAGCUGCAAAAAGAUAAGCAAAUAUAUGCUGUACAUUGCAAACAAAAUACAUGUAUCACAAAAAUUUAUACCAAUGUCAUGGAAUUCCAAGGUUAGAUAAGAAGAUGUGAAAAGAAGAAGAAUCUAAUUGUAUCAUGCAGUCAUUUGUUCAACCUCUGAUUACUUAGACGUCAACUUUUUGUCAGCUUUUUUAUUCACGCGUUUGCGUCGGUUUUGGGGUUCAGAUGAUAUCAUGCAUAUAACCAAAUCAACGUGGUCUUAGAGAUGUUGAUGAUUGGUUAGGAUUACUGGAUUUGUUUAAUUCUAUUAAGGAUGUUGGCAAACCAAGGCAGGUAAUGUUUGAGCUUUGUAGAUUAGUUGAUACUAAAAUGUCAUCACAGAAUGUUAGUCUAUUAAACAGGGAUAGAUGAAGCAGGUGUCUAUGUAGACUUUUACUACAUUAUUGCUGUAUAUUGGGGUGAAUAAAUGUGUUAAUGGAAAGGCACUCCGGCAAUGUAGACUUAAUUGUUGUUGCUUGUUCUUUCGAAAUGAUUUGAAACAAAACAUUUUAUUCUGUUUGAAGAGCAUAUGAUGUGAUAGUUCUGCUGCAGUACAGCCGAAAAGUUUAUAAUAAAUAAUGAAAUAUUUAGGAAGAAUGUAGUCCGUUGUUUUGCUGACACCUCUCCACAUGCCAAUUGUCAUAAAGAUCCAUUCAGAACAUCUUGAAUUCGGCUUGCCAC